ACCGUUCUCCACCCGCUGUGUGUGAGCUACCCGCCGCCCGCCUCCUACAGGCGGCGCUUCCUGACCGAGCUCAUUAAGAAGUCUGACAGCCGAAGCUCUGCCCUGCUCUCUCUUCACAGCACGAAUCCACGGCAGCCGACCCCCUGGAUGAGCUGUACGACGCGCUGGGGCGGAUCUUGAAUGAGGAAGAAUCCACUCGCUGCUACAGAAACUACUUACUGGUAAAAACGAGCGGUACCGCUUUAUUAGAGAGCACUUUUCGUCCUCUGAAGUAAGCAGCAGGUGGCUCUGAGCACCUCUCCCUGUUCGGUGCAGGGCAGUUGGAGCGGGUGACCUCUGAAGGUCUCUUCCAACUGAAAACAACUUCUGUGAUGCCACGAGUCAGUCUAGACGAUGAGAUCACCUCCAGAAACCCAGAGUGCUUCUGGCCCUUCUUCCCAGGCUGCAGGAUGGCUGUGACCUGCAGCACGGCUGGCUUUGCUGACCUGUCUCUCUCUCUCCCCGUGUGCGGCCCCCAGCCCUCAGGAGAACCCGUGACCCUUUGUGAGAGCGUGGCCAUUAUCUCUCAAGGAACCACAGGGCUCGUCACGUGGGACGCUGCUCUGCACCUUGCUGAGUGGGCAGCAGAGAACCCCGCAGUGUUCAGUGACAGGACAGUCUUGGAAUUAGGAAGUGGAGUCGGCUUCACUGGACUGGCGAUCUGCAAAACCUGCAAUCCCAAGACAUACAUAUUCAGUGAUUACCACCACUGUGUUCUCAAACAGCUGACAGAAAACAUCCGUUUGAAUGGCUUUGCCCUGGAGCCUGAAGCUACUGAUCCAGCCCGAGCAGAGUCCCCAGGGCAGGAGGCAGAAGGGAAGAAAUACCAACAACCCAAACUCAUUGUUGCAGAACUUGACUGGGGUUCAGUUACAGAAAAGCAACUGCUGGGUCUGCAGGCAGACGUCGUCAUCGCAGCAGAUGUGGUAUAUGAUCCAGAGGUAACUUUAUCCCUUAUUGGCAUGCUGCAGAAAUUCUCCACUUUAAGUGCAGACAGAAAACCUUCUGAGAUCUACAUUGCUUUGACAGUCCGUAACCCAGACACUUAUCACUGGUUCCAGGCUGAACUUGAUAAAGCUGGCAUCAGAUGGCAGACUAUUCCAGCCCACAGCAGUAAUAUUUUUCUCCACGAUACGCAGCCAAACGUAACUAUCCUGCAACUAUUCAUGUAGAUUUGGUAAAAACACAAGUUUUCAGAGGAGCAGGAACUGUCUCAUCCUUGCAACAAGACUGCCUUGAAUUCUAGAAACGUACUGAGAGACGUGCACCAAGAAUACCCUUGUAUGCACGAGCUGUUGUCAAAAUGAGUUAUGUUCCUUCCUGCUGUUGUCAGCGAGCGUGCAAGCAAGCAGCUGCUCCUUUUAAGCAUCUGUGCGCUGCAAGCUGUAGAGAAAAAUGCCCUCAUUGCGAUGCACUUUGAUUCUGUAGAAGUGAAUUAAAUUAUUUAAAUGCAGUUUUGAUUUGUAAACCACACAGACUCGUCCUGCGCUCCUGCAGGUGCGUGUCUCAUCCUGCCAAGGGAGUAGAGCAGUGUUUUGUAAUAAACGUUUUUAAUACUAAAACCAGUUGUAA